GAGUCAUGAGAAAACCUGGUUUAAUGUGACUGCCCCCAGCUCAACCACAAAUAGAGAAAGGGCCUGUUUCUGUAUCCACACAACACACUGAGCCACAAACUAGCCACAUCUUCAUCAAGCGUGAUGUGCAAAACCAGCAAUGUUGGCUUGUUUUAAGGAUGCUCAGCGCCAAGGUGGUGCUCUGGGUGCUGACGCUCUGUCUGCCCGCAGCAUGGCUGGUAAAUGCUGGCACUUGCCAAGGGCCCACCCUCAUCCCAGGCAUCCCGGGCCUGCCAGGAGCUCCAGGCCCCAACGGUGCGGAUGCAGGUGACGGGCGUAAAGGAGAACGAGGUCCUCCUGGCAGAGUCGAAGACUACCGAGAUGCCGGCGAACCAGGAGAGCCAGGAAUACCAGGUUUCCCAGGGAAAUUUGGACCCAGGGGCCCCCCUGGAGCCAAAGGUCCUCCUGGAGCACCGGGCCCCCAGGGCCCCAAAGGCGAGUCCGGGGACUCCAAGGCUUCCCACAAGUCUGGUUUCUCGGCCAUACGGGGGGUCACUUUUACCCCUCGGCGGGGUCAACCGGUCCGCUUUGACCGGGUCGUCACCAACAUCGGCAACCACUACAGCAAUCGCUACGGCCAGUUCACCUGCCAGAUUCCCGGGAUCUACUACUUUACCUACCACAUCACCUCGCGGGGCAACCUGUGUCUCCAGCUGAAGAAGGGCCGAGGCAGCGCCGCGGGCGAGACCGUUGUGACCUUCUGCGACUACGUCUUCAACACCUUCCAAGUGACCACCGGCGGGGUGGUGCUGCGUUUGACCCAGGGCGAGAUCGUGUGGCUGGAACCGACGGAGAAGAACUCCUUGCUGGGGGGCAUUGAAGGUGCGGACAGCAUCUUCUCCGGAUUCCUGCUGUUCCCGGGGAACUAGGCGGGCCUCAGAACACGGGUCCUCCUUGGGGUCCGCCUCUGGUGCCCCCAAAGUGGGCAACGCUGUUGGCCUGCCAGUUGCAUCUCCUUCUGCCUCCCUCCCUCUGCACAGCCACCCUCAAUGCUUGUCACCCACCCUUUUUUUCCCCCCAAGGGGGGAGGAAACCCACCAACCUUGAGGUCUCUGUAGUAUUUGCAAACAAAUGAAUAAAUGAUCAUCUACAAA